GUUUACAAAUAAAAAAUAACAAAAUAAUAUAAAAAAAUUCAAAUAAUAUUUUAAUAAUUUAUUUUAUUUCUAUUUAAUAGAUUUACUAUUUACUGAUUUAUAGAAAAAAAAAAAUGAAUUAUUUUAAAAAAUUAUUAAAUGGGGAUUGGAAUUUGCAAUUAGUAAAUUUUAAAAGUGGCACCAUUGAUAUUAAGAAGGGACCAAUACCAAUUUCACAAUUAACCAAUCAACAAAGUAUUAGGGCCGUUGUACCUGGUGAGGUUCACAUGGAUCUUUAUAAGGUUAAUGGAUUAGUUCCUGACUUUUAUAUAGGCGAAAAUGAACUAAAAUAUAGAUGGAUAGCAGAAUCCGAUUGGAAAUAUUCAAGAGAAUUUAUAUUUGAAAAAAAUGAAUUGGAAGGUUUUGAUCAUGCCGAUUUAAUUUGUGAAGGUAUAGAUACAGUUGCAGAUAUUUUUAUUAAUGGUACCAAAUUACCCAAAAGAACUGAAAAUAUGUUCAGAAUGUACAGAUUUACUGAUAUCAAAAAGCUAUUAUACUUUUCAAAUCAAACAGUUUCAAAUGAUAAUAGUGAUAGUAGUAGUAGCGAUAGUAAUAAUGAUGGCAAUAGUGAUAGUAGUACAGAAAAUGAAAGUAUAGACAAUAAGAAUAAUAAUAAUAAAGAAAUCAAAUUUAAUAAAAUUGAAAUUAUUAUUUAUUCACCAGAAAAAUAUUGCAAAGAUCUAUCAAAAGAAUAUAAAUAUACAAUUCCAGAGUGGGAGUAUCCAAAUGGUAUUCAUCAUAGAAAUUUUAUUAGAAAAUGUGCUUGUCAUUUUGGGUGGGACUGGGGACCCUGCUUUUGUCCAAUGGGUAUCUUUAAAGAUAUUUAUAUACAAUUUUAUUCGAUCCCUUUAUUUAAAUAUGUUCAAAUCGGCCAAACUCAUAAAGACUACCAAUUAAACAAAUCAAUAGAUUUGGAUUUCAAAUUAAAGUUUUAUAUGGAUACAAUUUCAACUUUUGUAGAUAAAGAUUUGCCAAUAGAUAUCAAUAUUACAUGUAGACAGGACUUAUCGGUAGAUAUUCAUCAUCGUGUCAUUGUUAAUACCAGUCAAUUGUCAAUAACAAAUAGCUUUCAAUUUAAAGUAAACAUCAAGGAUGCUAAGCUAUGGUGGCCACUGGGACAUGGUGAUCAAAAUCUUUAUGAUGUUACUAUUUCUGUAAAGAAAGACGAUGCUGGUGACUCGUACUAUAGUGUCAAGAAGAUUAUUGGUUUGCGUACUACAAAGAUUGAUACCUCAAAAGAUCUCUAUGGAAGAAAGUUUCAAUUUGUUGUUAAUGGUAUCUCAGUUUUUGCUAAGGGUGCUGAUUGGAUUCCUGCUGAUCACUUUUUAACUCGUAUUAGUAAUGAAACUUAUCAUCAUCUACUAUUUAGUGCCAAGCAUUCAAAUAUGAAUUGUCUUAGGGUAUGGGGUGGCGGUAUUUAUGAAAGUGACUAUUUCUAUGAACUGUGUGAUCAAUUUGGUAUUAUGCUUUGGCAAGAUUUCAUGUUUGGUUGUGCUCUAUAUCCAACAAAUAAAGAAUUUAUUUCAAAUGUCAGAAAAGAAGUAAAGUAUCAGGUAGGUAGAAUUGGUGACCAUCCAAGUAUUAUUCUUUGGUGUGGUAGUAAUGAAAGUGAACAAGCAAUUCAUGAAAAACUUUGGGAACCAAUUAAAGAAAAUCCAGUACGUUAUGCUAUCGACUUUAAUCAUCUUUAUUUAGAAACUAUUAUGGAGACACUCAAAAAACAAAAUCCAGAUGCAUUCUAUUGGGUUAGCUCGCCAUCAAAUGGUGUCGGGGAUUGGGGUGAUACUAAUGAUCAUACAAGAGGCGAUACUCAUUAUUGGGCUGUAUGGCACUCUGAUAUGCCUUUCACACAAUACCUUAAAUCAAAGAGCCGUUUCCUUUCUGAAUUUGGUUUUCAAUCAUUACCUAGUUUUAGAGAGCUACAAAGAGUUUUAAGUGGACCAGAUCAAUUAAAUAUAACAUCACCAGAGUUAGAGGGUCGUCAAAGAUCACCAAAACCAGGUAAUAUUGGUAUACUAAAGCAUGUUGGUCUUCAAUUCCGUGUUCCAUUAGAAUUUAGGAAAUUCGUAUAUUGCACCCAAAUACUUCAAGCCAUUUCCAUUAAAACUGGCUGUGAGCAUUGGAGACGUAUGAAGCCAUAUUGCAUGGGUACUCUUUAUUGGCAACUAAAUGAUAUCUGGGUAGGUCCAUCGUGGUCAUCAAUAGAAUAUAAUGGCAAUUGGAAACCUUUACAAUACUUUGCAAGAAGAUUCUAUCAACCAAUACUUUUAUCUUUUGUAGAAAACAUUGAGGAGCCAGAGCUUAUAGAAAUUUGGUUGACACACGAUUAUGAACAUUUGGAAAAUAUAUACUUACAAUCAAUGCUAAUUAUUCAAGUUUGGGAUUUAACUACCUCAACCAUUGUAAACACAAUAGAAACAAUUGUCUCUGUUGUUUUAUCUGAUCGUAAUCAAUUUAGUAAAAGAGUAUUGUCCACUUCAAGAAAAGAGUUAUUUGAGCUUCUUCCAAAACCUGCAAAUCACUAUAUAGUAACUGCCAAGUUAGAUUGUUCCAUAAGCUCUAUGAAGUCGAGCAAUACCAAACUCAUUUCAUUGUUUUUAGAAGACAAUGACAGUGAUAUUUCAAAUAUCUUUUAUCCUGUACCAUUUAAGAAAUUAGAAUUAAAGCCAACCAUAAUCUUUAUUGUAGGUCAAAAUGAAAAUACAUCAAAUAGAGCUAUUGGAAUUGAUGCAAAUCAUGAAAAGAAAUGCUUCGAUUUCAAAAUUGAAUCAAAAGAUUCUAUAGCUUUAUUUGUUUGGAUCGAAUGUGAGAAUAUUCCAAAUGGCCAUUACAAUGACAAUGGUUUUAUUUUAUUCAAACAUAACCAAAAAUCCAUUUCCUUCUAUCCAAAAGAAUUUGAUGGAAAUAUAGUUCCCAAAUUUAAUUUUAUUCAUUUAAGAGAUACCUAUUAAAAAGAAAAUAAAUAAAUAAAUAAUUUUUAAUAAAAU